AAUCCGGCUGGGUCUUACAGAAGAGCCAGUUUGCUCGGUUUCCGCGUUGCGGUUUUCUUUCUCUUGCGCUUCAAGCGGCACACGGUUCAGCUGCCGAGCCGACUGGUCGCUGAUCUCUUCUCGCUUGUGAAGCGGCUUUUCCCGGUGCAAAAUCCGAGCUGAAGUGAAAAGGUAGCCUUUAGUCGUCAUCACCAUGUGUGGCAUAUGGGCCCUUUUUGGAAGUGAUGGUUGCCUCUCUGUCCAGUGUCUCUCUGCUAUGAAAAUAGCCCACCGAGGCCCGGAUGCUUUCCGGUUUGAAAACGUCAAUGGCUUCACCAACUGUUGUUUUGGCUUCCAUCGUCUAGCAAUUGUGGACCAGCUAUAUGGAAUGCAGCCUUUAAGGGUGAAAAAAUUUCCCUACUUGUGGCUGUGUUACAACGGAGAGAUCUACAACUUCAGACGGCUACAGAAACAGUUUGGAUUUGAUUACCAGACCUUAGUAGACGGAGAGGUGAUUCUUCAUCUUUAUGACAAAGGAGGAAUAGAGGAAACCGCCUCCAUGCUUGAUGGUGUAUUUGCAUUCAUUUUGCUUGACAGCGCAAAUAGAAAGGUGUUUCUGGGGAGAGAUACCUAUGGAGUUAGACCAUUGUUUAGGGUCUUAACUGAUGAUGGCUUCCUGGGUGUUUGCUCUGAAGCAAAAGGUCUGAUCAACCUGAAACACAAUAUGUCCAGUGCUCCCAAAGUGGAGCCUUUUCUUCCAGGACAUUAUGAAGUCUUGGAUUUAAAGCUAAGUGGGAAAGUUGCAUCAGUGGAAGUGGUCAAAUUUCACAGCCCUAAAGAGGAACCUUUGCAUGCUGUCUACAGUACAAUACAGAGUUUGCCUUCAGGUGUUGAUGUUGAAACUGUGAAAAGCAACAUUCGACUUUUGUUUGAAAAUGCUGUUAGAAAACGUUUGAUGUCUCACAGAAGAAUUGGUUGUCUCUUAUCAGGUGGCUUGGAUUCUAGCUUGGUGGCUGCCAUACUUAUCAAACUGAUGAAAGAGCAAAACUUUUCCUACCCCUUGCAAACAUUUUCUAUUGGGAUGGAAGAUAGUCCUGACCUCCUGGCUGCAAGAAAGGUAGCUGCUUACAUUGGAAGUGAACAUCAUGAGGUCAUGUUUAAUUCUGAAGAAGGGAUUCAGUCACUAGAAGAUGUUAUAUUUUCCUUGGAAACAUACGAUAUCACAACUGUACGAGCUUCAGUGGGUAUGUAUCUGGUCUCCAAAUACAUCCGAAAGAAAACAGACAGUGUAGUCAUUUUCUCAGGAGAAGGAUCAGAUGAGUUGACCCAAGGAUAUAUCUAUUUUCAUAAGGCACCAACAGCUGAAGAAGCUGCUGAGGAAAGCGAGAGGCUUCUCAGAGAGCUCUAUCUGUUUGAUGUUCUCCGUGCUGAUAGGACAACUGCUGCCCAUGGUCUUGAACUAAGAGUUCCAUUUUUGGAUCACCAGUUUACUGCUUAUUACCUUUCUUUGCCAGCAGAAUUCAGAACCCCAAAGAAUGGAAUUGAAAAGCACCUCUUAAGGGAAGCCUUUGAAGAUACUAACUUAUUGCCUAAAGAAAUACUUUGGAGACCCAAAGAAGCUUUCAGUGAUGGUUUAACUUCUAUCAAAAAAUCUUGGUUCUCCAUACUGCAAGACUAUAUUGAUCUUCAGGUUGAUGAUCUUUUGUUGGCGAAAGCUCCAGAGAAAUUUCCAUUCAAUCCUCCUAAAACAAAAGAAGGUUAUUUUUACCGCCAGAUCUUUGAGAAGCAUUACCUGGGACAUUCCAGUUGGCUCCCCCACUAUUGGAUGCCAAGAUGGAUCAAGGCCACUGAUCCAUCUGCUCGCACGUUGAAGCAUUACAAAUCAGCUAUAAAAGAAUAGCUUUUGUAUGUAUAUUGGAAGGGGGAGAAAUGAUUUCUCCAAAGAGUUUGUUGAGUAAGAUGGUUCUUGUUGGCCUAAAAGGGAAAUUAAAAAAGUGUUUUUUUUAAAUAAAUGAAUAUAAUAGUCUCUUUAGAUAAAAUAGAAUGUUAUUGCUGAUUUCAACCACUGCCAAUAACAAGAGUUUCUCUUAGCCUUAAGGUGCACUAUGCAACAGCUGAUAUACUCUAAAAUCAAGCUUGGUAGAACCAAAGCAAGGACUCUGAUUUUAAAUCUUCAUUCAGAUAGUUUUAAUUCACACUGAAGUCAAAUGAGAUUUAAGCAGUCUAAGCAUACAGAGAAUGAAUAGUGCUUUUAAGGGCACUUUUUCUGCAAUUAAUGAGCUGAAAUAUAUAUAUAUUUAAAGUGGUAUAUUUAGGGUCUUGUAAAUGAAAGCUAGUUUCUGAGUGCAAGUGGUAAAUACAGAGUUAUUUUACUAUGGGAAAGGAUGAUAAAGAUGGAGAACUAACUCUGGUUUUUGUGAGUUUAGGCUCCUCCCCAUAAUAGAUUCCCCACUGUGUGUGUAUGUGGGAAUGCUGGAUUUUUUUGGAGCCUCAGAGUGAUUUUCAUUUUCAACCUGCAUGGUCUGAGAAGGUCCCCGUGGCCAGACUGGGACAACAACCCACAAUAUUACAAAUUAUGAUACAGUCAUUUGUCCAUCACUGUUUAGAGCUGCGCAGAAGAAAGAUCUCAUAUAACCAUUCUUACAGGAUCCCAAUAUAAAUGGCAUGCACUCAGCAGAGCCCCCUUUACACAGCUGAUGCAACUCUCCAGUUGCAAUUAAGCACUGAAUCUUCCUUUUCAAUAAAGCCUGUAGAAUGAGAGGGCUGUUAAAGCAAAUUCAUAUAGAAAAUAUAUUUUCUAAUUCUAGUUAUGCAGGAGAUGAUUUUAUAAGCUAAAAUAGUCUUAAUAUAUAACACGAGGUGGCAGAGAAAGGUCCAUAUUUUAAAAAGUUAAAUAAUAAAUGAAUAAAUGACUGGGCUUGUCGGUAUAAAAACUUUUGUCAGA